GCCGCCAUGGCUGCCAUGCUGCGGGCGCUGGGCCGCGCCGGCCGUCCGGGCCGCCCCACGCCGCCGGUGCCCGUGCCCGUUCCCGUGUCCGUACCCGUGCGGGGCCGCAAGAGCCGCCACGACCCGCCGACCAAGUCCAAGGCCGGCCUGGUGCGGACGCCGCCCAGCGUGGACGCCUCCGAGCUGCUGGUGGUCACCGAGCGCUACCGGCUGCACCGACUGGCGCUCAGGGCGCUCAGGUUUGAAUUCAUAGAGGAAGUGCGGCGGAAAGUGUAUGAGGAGAAGCAGGGAGCGAUGGCCUUCCUGAGAGCGAAGCAGGAAGCCGAGGAGCAUCAGCAGCUCAUGGCCUGGAAUCAGGCGGAGAACCAGCGGCUGCAGGAACUACGGGAGCAGCGGCUGAAAAAGGAGCAGGAGGAGCUGACGGUCCGGCAGGCCCAGGAAGCCACCCAGAGAGCCCGGGCUACAGAGGAGUUUAUCCAGGAGAAGAUGAAGGAGGUCCUCCAGCUACAGGAAGAAGCGAAACACUUCAUCACCCCCGAGAACUUGGAGCAGAGGAUCGAAGAAGCCCUAGACAACCCGUGCAGCUACCACUUUGCCGUGGCCAAGGAUGGCCGGGUGGUGAAGCGCACUCCGCUCCCGUAGAGGCCGGGCACGGGCCCGCACGCGUGUGUCCGCGCGAGACCACCAGGAGGAGAGAGCAGGCUGGGAUUUCCGUCCAGGCACCAAGUUGGGCACGGGGUCGGGGAACUUAACGGGGUGGCUCGGGAUUGUGGGAGCCCGUUACCCAGCCCCUCUCCCCACUUAUCCUGCUCCCUCUGGUGCCCAGAGGGGUAACCUCCAGAAUAAAAGGGAAAGAUAGGUUUUCUACCCCA